AUGGAUCAAAGCUUAUGCCUUGAAUUUAUGAAGAUAAGAAGAGAAAACGAGUGGCAUUUUCUCAGGAAAAUUUUUGGUCGAAAUCUUUUUCCUCGUGAUGCAGUCUCAUAAAGAAAAAAAAAUUUAACAAAAUCCUCAAGGGAAUUCCAUCAGAGGAAAAUGCUCUGAUCUAAUAAUAUGCACUGAGAAAACGAAUACCAAUACAAGCAUCCAUAUCAUAAAUACGAAAUAUAUAAGAGACCGUCAAUCACACAAGGUCUGAUUAGAAGAGUUAAUCCUAUUAAGCUCAAAGAAGAAGCUUUAAGCUUUAUUCAUGAUACCUUUGGUAAGAAUGAGCAUAAUAAAAAAGCACAAGGUGAGCGGAAAAUAAAAUACAAAAGACUUAGUGCAGAUUUUAAGCCAAAAAAUGAUGCAAAUUAUAAAAAAGCUCCUGCAACUUCACCUUUAUAUUUCUAUGAUAGCUUAUCUCCAUGGGGAACAUUAACACCUAACGUAUAUGAGAUUGAGAUUUUUAGAUUAGAGAGGGUUAAAGCGGGGAUUAUUUCAGCCCCUGAUCCAGUCGAGCUUCAGCUUCACGCUCGUGUGGCGCUAGUCACUAAAGCCACCUGCCGCCCUUUUCUGAUGACGUCAUCAAAAAUGGUGACGUCAGCAUCUUUCGGGGAGACUCACCCGAACCCUGCUUGGACCAAAAUGCUUCAGCAAAGGACUCUCUUAACCCCUGGUAGUGCUCAGGUAUGAGGGGAUCGUCCGAUGCCUCCUUCUGGAACUACCUCUGCCAUUUGCAGGCAACAUAAUGCUCCUCCAGAAGUCCUCGAUUGGUAUUGCGCCGUCGGUCUUCUCGUCUGUGGGUCGAGGGAAGGCCCAGUUAGCCCAGACCGCACCCACCCCGGAAUUAAGCCACCUGCGACCUCGUAGCCUUUCCGCCAGCUUUUUUAUUUUCUGGCAAAAAUUCUGAGUUCAUCUGUCGCUACUAGGCAUGCCAUGAUGGCUAACGUAUAUGAAGAGAAAAAAGAAAGGCCAAUUACUUCUCCAGAAAGCAUUAAAAAUUUGGAAAAACAGAUAAAAGGGAAUAGCGAAAUUGAAAUACUUCCUGAUGUUUCUUUAAUAUCUUCCCAAUUAGUGCCACAAUCGCCUAUUGUUUAUCCAAAAAGGCUGCAUAGUUUAUUUCAGUACUCAAAAAAUUUGCCUUUGAGAUUGGAUUCAAUAUCGAAGGAAAUCAAUGAGAGAUUAAAAAUUGAUGGAAAAUCUGCAAGUCUUUCACCGAGAAGCUUGAAGAUGAAAUCAAUUGAAGAGAAGUUAAUUGCCCAAGGCGGAUCAAAAAAAGCAACAAGAGUUUCAAUAAGACUUUUUACAAAAGCGUAA